AUGAGCGAGGAUAUUUUCCCCAUUCUGGGGGAGCCCCAGAGUGGGAGCCCCGCGGUGGGGACGGCCGGCGCGGACUCCCCCGCGAUGGACGCCGACAGCGUGGUCUCCCCCACAGUGAUGAGCUUCAACAUGGAAACCAAGAACAACAUCAAGUACUCCGGGAUCUGCAUCUACAACAUGAAUACGAACGAGUUCUCCCUAUGUGAAUACAUCGAAAAUGAGCACUUCACCAUUUUGGAGUCUUUGCUAAUACAGUGCAGGCCGACGUGCUUCCUAUAUCUUUCUAGCAACGACAAGCUGGACGACAAAAGGGUAAAGUUAAUUCUAAGUCUGUGCGAAAUUAAACAUCGCGAGUUAGGAAAAAGCGAUUUUUACAACUCCUGCUCGAUGGAAAAUGACUUGAAUAAGCUUCUAAAACCAACGGAGGACGUGAAGAACUGCAUCUCCUUCUUCAAGAUGCAGUUGGCUUGUCGCUCCUUCACCAGCAUCGUCAAACAUUUGAACCUGCUGAACGAUUACAGUGCCACGAAUAAGUGUCUGCUCACCAACUAUAACAUUAAUCGGUACCUGAAGCUAGACAUGGCGGCCACCAUCGCGCUGAACGUUCACGCAGAGCACAUGUUGGUAGAGAAGAAGGCAAGCGGCAGCAGGGGGGGCAACUUGACCCUCUUCACCUUCUUAAACAAGUGCAAAACGAAGAUCGGGGAAAGGAAGCUCCUGCAGUGGGUGAUGCACCCGAUAAGGGACGAAGCCAAAAUUAAUGAAAGGCUGGACAUGGUCAGCAUCUUAAAGGAAGAUGGGGUGAUGCGAUCCAUGAUUCAGUCGGAUUACCUUCGAAAGGUUAGCGACUUGGAUGUUAUAAUUAAGAAGUUAAAAAUUGUUAACAGUGCGAUGGGGGAGCUGGAGGGGGAAGGGGCCGCGCGCAGGAUGGAGGGCGGCAAAAUGGAGGGCGGCAAAAUGGAGGGCGGCAAAAUGGAGGGCGGCAAAAUGGAGGGCGGCAAAAUGGAGGGCGGCAAAAUGGAGGGCGGCAAAAUAGAGGGCGGCAAAACUGGGGCUAAAAAAGCAGGAGGGGGAAAAAACACAUGCAGUAUAGAAGACUUGGUAAAGAUGUACGACACCGUGGUGGUGUCGAAGCGGAUCUACUACUGCCUGAACGACUACGAAGGGAAGCACAGAAACACGCUGGAGAGAAACUUCCUCACGCCCCUGAAGGAGGUGCUCAUCUGUCUGGACUCCUUCGUAAAGCUAAUCGAGCUGACGGUAGACUUUGACGAGUUAUGCAACAACAACUUUUUAAUAUCUCGUAAAUUUGAUGAGCAGCUGGAAAAGCUAGCUAGCGAAAAGGACGAAACGUUGGGAAUGAUAAAGGAGCACCGGCAAGAAGUCGAAGACGAUAUUAACCACCUCAAAGGAGUUAGCAAAAAGAACAACGCAAAGGAGGACAUCAAACUAGUCGACUGCAAUGUGAAUACGUUCCUCUUUAGAGCCGUCAAAAAGGACAUGUCCUCCAUUCAGCAGAGAAAGAAAACCUACUUCCAAGUGAGGAUGAAUAAAAGUGAAAUACUUUUUACCACAAAUAAGCUGAAGGAGCUAUGCAAAAGGUAUGAAUAUAUUCUACAGGAUUAUAACCUGUCGCAGGAACAGCUAGCUAAUAAGGCCAUCCAGGUAGCCUCAUCCUACUGGGAGCCUACGACAAAGCUGGCCAAACUCAUUGCACAGAUUGACGUCCUCUGCGCAUUCGCCUUUGUUAGUGCGUCUAGCUUAUCCGUUUAUGUAAGACCCAUUGUGGAGACCAACGGGCAGGUACUACACCUCAUAGAGUCAAGGCACCCUCUCGUAGAGUCCAAUUUUUUACUAAUGAAUAAUUUCAUCCCAAACGAUGUACAUAUGAAUAAGACAGACAAACGGUUAAACAUUAUAACGGGGCCAAACAUGGGUGGCAAAAGUACCUACAUAAGGCAAAUAGCUUUAAUAUGCUUGAUGGCGCAAAUUGGGUGCUUCGUCCCAUGCACGUAUGCUAAAAUGCCUAUUUUUUCGCAAAUUAUGUGUCGAGUGGGUUCUUCCGACAUUCAGCUUAAAGGCAUAUCUACUUUCUUUUCUGAGAUGAUAGAAAUUUCGGCCAUUAUAAAAAACGCAGAUGAUAAUACUCUCGUUAUAAUAGACGAACUGGGGAGAGGUACCUCCACCUACGAAGGGUUUGGAAUCAGCUGGGCGGUCGCUCAGUACAUUCUUAACAAAAUAAAAUGCUUCUGCUUGUUUGCCACUCAUUUUCACGAAAUGUCAAAUUUGGAAGAUGAGUACCAGGGGGCUACUAACAACCAUGUGGGGGCCAAAAUUGAUCCCGAAAAAAAAAAAAUUUCUUUCCUCUACGAAAUUAAGAAGGGCUAUGCGGAUAAGAGCUACGGGGUGCAUGUGGCUCAGAUAGCCAAACUGCCACAAAAGGUCAUCGACAAGGCAUUUGAAAAAUCCAAGGAGCUCGAGUCCGUUGAGAAUAGGCACUACUUUAGAACCAAGCUGGCGGGGGGGAAGCUGCAUGGGGAGGAGUUGCCUGGGGCGACUCUACCGGGGACUAACCCGGACGAUGUGCACAAGACGGACGUGCAAAGCAAAACGCACGAUCUGUUGCGCGGCAUUUUCUCCGCCACAGACGAGGAGAGCUUCAUUUCGCACGUCGGCCAGAAUACCGAGGCGCUGAGGGAGGCGCUCCGCGAGAUGUAG